AUGCAGGAACGGAAGAAGCUCAGCCCAUUUGGCGCCUUCGACGGCUGGCUUGCCAUCACCAAGCCUGAGUCUACCCUCAGUGGUGUCGAGCAGACCAAACAUCAGGUGGUGGUCUUGCAGAGACUGGCGGGGGACGAUAGCUCACCUCCCAAGAGCGGUCAAUCGGCCUUCCCAUUCUGCCUGCAGGAUCCGUCAGGGGGCUGCACAUACCGCAGCAAGAAGCUGGCAAUUCUCCAGUACGGGUUUGCUGCUCUGCAGCAGCUGAAGAUCUCUUCAAAAGGCUACUUGAAGAUGGAG